UUUUGUUGUUGUGUACUUCAAGGUUGUGGUUUUAUGGUUUUGUGCAUUGUCAUGUAUUUAUUCGACCCAGUAGAAACACCGCUAUUCACCGUGUGCAGUCUGAUCACACCAGUCUGCACAAAGCCGACAAGACGACAAGGAAAGUUGGCGUUUGUGCCUCACAAGCUUGGCGAGUUACAUUUAUGAGCCUACGCUGCCAAGCUUUAGUCGCCGUCCUUGUUAGAGCAUUCUUCCAUCAUAUCUCAUCUUCUGACGUCGUUCGUCAUGUGCUUCUGCUCCGGAUAAGAUUGCAGUGAGCUAAACCCAUAACAAGGAAGGAAGGAAGGAAGGGUUGGGAAAUGCCCCGUUAGACAACCGGCUCGACCGGUGGCCGCGAUUUCACAAGCAGGAAUGGAUGAGGACCUGUGCGACGCCCUGCUGUCCGUGAUAGACAGCAAUGUGACGUAUUUUCGAAAUGCGGGAUCGGAUUCUCAUAAACAUUUCUUGCGACAGAUAGUGCAAAUGAAAGGCGCAGUUUUGCAGUUGCGCGACAACUGCGAGGCCAUUUCGCAGCAUUGCCACCUUUACGAUUUUGACACCGCGACGCCGGGUAAUGGAUACCGGUCUGCUCUGCUAAUAAUUAACAGAUUUCUUCCUCUGUGCGCCAAGUUGUGCGGUCAGAUCGUCUUGAAGCGGACGUCUAUGUUCUUCAGGGCUGAUUUCUACCAAAAGGAACUCGAUGCUCAUCUCAGUGUGUUGGCAGGAAUGCAAGUGUGUUCGCAGUUCCUGCUCAAGAUGCUCGAAGUUGGCAAUACGGGUGACCUGUUCGUCGAAGAAAAAAUGAGCAUUCGUGAGCUGCUGGAGGAGUACGGAUCUCUUCCGCAAAUCGGUUUUUAUGGACGCUGUGCCGCAUUUUAUUUUUGUGAGUCCAUGCGACGCAUUGCAACUGGGCUGAACGUCGUCAUGGCAUCGUUCAGCGACCAGUACCUCCAGUCUGGAGGUGCCGUUGCACAUGCUGUAGCGUCCCUUAUCAACUGUGGCAAGUACACGCUGGACCCAGAGGCGAGGGCCAACCAUAUUGUGGACGUCACUCAAAAUGCAUCCUUGGAUUUUCUCAAGGCCUUCUGGAGCCUUAAUGAACUGGAGAUUGUUAGGAAGGUUCCUCGCUGGCUCUGCCCUUCCUUGGAUGUCUGUGAUGAGAUUACUGUGCCGUUAGAGCCUCAAACGCUGCAACGUGAAGAUGGCUCACACACAGUAAUUCCCCUACCCUCUGCACACAAGCCUCAGGCUCCUGUUCGAUGCAAGCUGCUAUCUUAUCACUUCCGGAAAGGACAAGAUUUGGUGCUGUCAAGUAGAAAGUGGUUUAACAUGCUGCAUCCACCUUCUCGGCGACUUCUGCUUCAUUGUCACGGAGGAGGGUUUGUGUCUCAGACCCCAGAUUCUCAUGAGAUCUACCUCAGGGACUGGGCAAAAGAUCUGGAUCUUCCCAUUUUAACCGUAGACUACUCCUUGUCACCAGAAGCUCCCUUUCCACGUGCCCUUGAAGAAGUACUUCACGUUUACGCAUGGGCAUUGAACAAUCGAGAGAAGCUCGGUUGGACUGGAGAAGAGAUCUGCGUCGCAGGGGACAGUGCGGGGGGAAACCUUGUCCUGGCGCUGUGCCUGAAAGCAGUCCAACUGGGGAUCAGACGGCCGACAGGAGCGUUUGCCGCGUACACACCAGUCAUGCUCAGUAUGGUGGCAUCUCCGUCUCGGGUACUUUGUACCGUGGAUCCUCUCCUGCCUCUCGGGUUCAUGCUCACCUGCCUGCAUGCAUACAUCGGUCGAGCGAACAACGAUCCCCAUACACCUACGACUCCAUCCGACAGGCCUCCUGGGAGCCCCGACAGCGGCGUUCUCUCCGGUAGUACGUCGCCUAAAUCUCAAGGUGCGCAAUGGCCAUUACAGUUUGCAGCAGCAGCAUCACCACAGGACAAAGACAACACAUCCCCGGUGCAGGACGCCAACAGGAACAUCAAGACUCCCCUGUGCAGGACAAAAAACGUUUUGCAGCUUUCCAUUUCUGGAGAACUGCCCACCGCGUAUUUAACUCACUACGCGUCCCAGCUCCAUUCGCCAACACAGUCUCAGCCUACGAAGGAGAACCAGUACGACGAUUUUGUAGUGCUGGACAUGCCGCAGGACGUGACAUUUGCAGUUCGCAACCGCUGCUGUCGUGCAGUCUCCCCGUACCUGCGGAAGGUGGCGGAGAUGAUCAACGACAACGGCUUCUUCAAGGAGUACAUAGCCGCCAACUGGCAGUUGCUCUGCGGAAAGGCGGAGAAGAAGCGGCACGCAAUUGCGGUUCCGUGGUACAAGGGCCCUUCCAGGUUGGAUAACAAGUUCAGGAAGAUGAAGCUCCUGGCCAGCGAUCCUUUCAUUUCACCGUAUUUGGCUCCGGAAUGGAUGCUGGAGAAGAUGCCGCCGUGCUAUUUUGUUGGUCUGCACCUUGAUCCCACUCUGGAUGACCUAGUCAUGAUGUCAAAGAAACUCAAGGGUGCCAAUGUUCCUGUUCAUCUUGAAAUCCUCGAUUACCUCCCCCACGCGUUCCUCAAUUUUCUGCCUUUCAGCAAAGAAGCACAUGACGGCUCUAAGCUCUGUGUCAGAAUGAUCAAGAAGGCUUUUCAUAUAGAGCACGCGACAUAGCACCAAUUCAGCAUAGUACACUAUUCGGCCACUGUAUUGUGUGCGUCAGCAGCGUGCCCUGUUUUCCUCAGGUGCAGGUGCUCAGUACCAGUGAAUUUAAGGUGGCAGCCUGCAAAAUGCCAAAGUACACUUAGAUGUACGUCUUUGAGAAACCCAUUCACUUUUAUAAUUUUUAUGCUUUCUGAAUUUGAAGAUGGCCCACACACACAUCCUUCUCAACUUCUUUGCAGCUGCAGUGUAUCAUAUCCUGUACUACUAUUAUUUUAACGUCACUCUUUAUUUAUUCCCUCUUCUUAUUCAAUUUAGGUUUGACUAGGACUACAUGUGAGUGCAUGAACUGUACAGGAGCCAUGUUAUGUACACCAGACGCGGUGUAGUUCACGUUGUUCAUGAAACAGAAUUAUUUUAUUGCAGAUGUUUAUUUGCAGUUAGUGCCUAUUUAUGUGCAAGUUAUUUAUUGUUUUAGGCAUUGGUUUUCAGUGCUAUUUCUUCCUACGCUUUCUCUGACAACUCGCUUUGGACUCAGGUAUUUUGUGAUGAAACACUAAAUCCAAUUGCACUGCAGUAUUAAAAGAAAGAAAGCAGGAGAAAUGUAUAUUGUGAAUGCAUGUAAACUUUUAUGUAGGCAAGAUGCAUACUUUUGUUUUAAGGGAGCAGUUUGUUUAUUGAAUCACAUCACACGAUGUGAGAUAGGAUAUCUUAUUGUCCUUUCUUCUACAUGCCUCCAGUAUAGGUCUGUGUGAAGUCUUCAAUUCUCUAUGACUGGCUGGACCAUGUUUGCAAAUUUACCAGAAAACUUUCCGUCAAUAAAAGAUAUCAGUUGCGGACACCAAGUGGACCAGACUGAGCUAUUUGGUGUGGUGAGGUUGUUACAGGGAGUGAUGCCUUUGUGCUGCAUAGCAUGUUCUUUGAGGAGGAAGCCCUCUGCACUCUAAUGCUUCCCAUUACAAUGAUGUUACUUGAACGGCAUCAGAUUAAUGUGCCUUUGCCCAUUAGUGAAGGGCUUAUGGCACUGAAUUGACACAUCGAAUGAACUGGCCGAGAAACAAGAAUUCUAAGAACAGUACUCCUGUUGUUCUUCACCAGAUUGGUGCAGAUAUCGUAGGUGCAACAUUCGGUGCAACAAUUAAAGGCAUCGCACUUCAGUUUCAUUGCACAUUCCUUGAGAUCAGUGUAUCACUCUGUGGUCCUAAAGUCUUAAUUUGAGCAGAAAUAUGGGAGUUGAAGAAAAGUCAGCGAGUGCAUGUGGCAGGUCACCACUGGCGCACGCUGACCUUUCAUCAACUGCCCUCAUUCAGAUCACUGCUUGGUCGCUGGUGAGGCUUAACUGAUGUGUGUGUUCAGCCUGUGUAAUUUAUGUUAAGUUUCUUCAUUUGGAGGUUGUGUCCUACUCAAGAAACAUAUUCCUUUCUGCACCAUAAAUUGUGCAGUUAUUCAUCGUGCAGGCGUGCUAUACUGUAUGUGUGCAUCACACUUAGACCAUGUAGAACAUAUUUGUUCGAUAUACUGCCUAAUGUAUGAAACACGAAAAUGCCUGCAGUAAAGGUUUGAAAGCACGAAA